ACUUAUCGCAGACAGUAUCGUGUGGAAUCGUACCAUUCAGUAUGCCAGUCACUGGUUUACAACGUAAACCGCGAUGUCAACGCGUCGCGCCUCACUUGGACUAGUAUUUAUAUUAUUAUUAUUGUAAAUAACAUGACAUCUGAAAACGACAAUCGUGCCAUCGUUGCCGUUGACGUCGGAACAACAACAGUGAGAUGCCAUGUGUACGAUAGCCGGGCGAGGCUCAUAUCAGAAAGCUUUCAACAGCUUAAAAUUUUGCAACCGUCACCAGGAUGUAAAGAAAUUUGUCCAGACUCCCUCUGGUCACAGUUCACAGAAGUAAUAAAAGAUGCGAUAUCAGCAUCAAAAACGUCUACAUUAGAAGAGAUUGUUGCUAUGGGGAUAUCAACACACAGGGGUACCUACACACUAUGGGACAGGAAAACUGGUAAAGUUCUUCAUAAUUUUAUCACAUGGCAGGACACUAGAGCUGCUGAAUUUGUUGAUUCUGUUAAUAAAUCAAUUUCAUAUGGGGUGGUGAAAGGUGGCGCUAAAUUCUUGCAUUUUUUUACCCGAAUGACACGAUGGAGAGCAGCUAGUUCAUUCAUCUUUAGCACUCAGCAUGCCAUAUUGAGACUUGCGUGGUAUUUCGACCAACAUCCUGAGGUUAAAUGUCGAGCUGAAGCUGGUGAAAUCAUGUUUGGAACAAUUGACACAUGGCUGGUAUGGAAAUUAACCGGGGGGAAAAAACAUGUGACUGAUUAUUCCAACGGUUGCUCUACUGGAAUGUUUGAUCCUUAUGUGGGAAUGGAAACUAUGAGCUUAAAUUCCCCAAAACUUGACCAUGAUGAGUUGGAAUUGGAUUUAUUUCACGUUACUGGGUUUGCCUAUGACAAUUUUACCAAAGCUCCAAGACACGUGGUUGCUGAUCAACAGAGUGCUAUGUUUGGUGAAUGUUGUUUUGAGAGAGGUGAUGUUAAAUGUACAAUGGGUACCGGUACAUUUAUGGAUAUUAAUGUUGGUAGACAUCCGACAGCAUCCAAAACAGGUUUGUACUCGCUAGUGUGUUGGAAAAUCAAAGAUGAAAUCGUUUUCAUGUGUGAGGGUAACUCUGCAGAUACUGGCACUUCAGUAGAUUGGGGGCAAAAAAUAGGAUUGUAUGACAACAUAGGAGAUACGUCUAAACUCGCCAAUUCUGUUGACAACUCCAAUGGUACUUGUUUUGUGCCUGGAUUUAGUGGAAUUCAAGCGCCAGUGAACGACGACAGUGCCUGUUGUGCAUUUAUGGGUCUAAAACCAACCACAAAAAAAGAACACAUGAUUCGAGCAAUGCUGGAAUCCUUCGCAUUCAGAUUCAAGCAGCUCUACGACACUGCAAUGGCGGAACUUAAACACCCUAUGUCAAGUUACAUCAAGAUAGAUGGUGGCGUUGCUAAUAAUGACUUUGUGGUUCAACUUGUUGCUGAUUUAACAAAUAAACCGGUUGAUAAAGCCAAGAAUUUAGACACCACGUGUCUAGGAGCGGCUUUUUUAGCAGGUCUUCAGACAGGUAUCUGGAAGGACAAGGAAGAACUUAAAAAUCUCAGAGAAAGUAUGAGAGUAUUUCAACCACGGAAUAAUCAGGAUCAGUAUCAUAAAAUUUACAAAAUAUGGGAGAAAUCGGUGCAGAGAUGUCGAAAAUGGAACACCGAAUAAUGAACUUGUAAUUUACUUAAAACUGAGUAAAUGAAGCAUGAUUU